UCACGUUGAACGACCCAGCACCACCGCACGCCUCUGUUCCCUAUAUGGACGGUGGCUUGCUUGAUGGCCAAAUACGGACGCAUUGUCAAGGCAGUUGCCUAUUGUUUGUAUGCUUCUAUAUGAUUUGACGAGGCUCCGAGUGAGGCUGCCCUGGCCGAAUUUACCUUGGCGUCAGUCUCGGGCGCUGCCGUAACGGGACAUAGCCGAUGAAAAUAAUGGUCUGCCCCAUCUAGCCGUGCGUAUUGGUUCACCAUAAACUUGAUUUGGCGCUGCGGCAAGGCGAUGGUGGAGGUGGAUCUCCCGACGAUACGAACUUCCUGACGUCAUUUUUGCCUGUUUGGAUCAUACAUAGAGAUGGGCUACGUUGUGCUUUUAGCGCUAAUAGAAGAAUACGAGGAUCACCCUGCACUUUGCACAAGGCUGUGGUUUUCGUCCAUGGCAUGAAGUCAUGAAUAAUUGUUUGUGGCAGUUAUUGUAGUCGCUACCACAAAGUCGGACAUCAGGUUACACUCUCCUCCUCUGUGUAUAAAUACAACCUCUUGUCGCAUUGCUUUCCUUCUCAAUCAGACUCAACAACAAACACAGUCACACAAUCACCAUGAACACUCUUCUCACUACCGCUCUUCUGGCCUCUGCCACCCUCGCUGCCGCCGCUGCCCGCGACGACUGCGCUUCCCAGGCCAUCGCCAUGAAGUCCUGGACCAUCCACAACUUCAACUUCAACGCUUCCAAGGUCUUCACCACCCCUGCGCACCAGUUCGGCGAUGGCUACGUCGGCUUCAACCUCUUCAACACCGUCACCAAUGAGGAGCGCCGCUGCGACGGUGGCGCUGGGCGCCUUGACCCGUGGUUUGUCGGUGACGCCAACUUUCAGUGCCGAACCAUGAAUGGCGCCAAUGAUCCCAACACGGUCUUCAACUUCAACCUGGCUUCAAGGACCGUCAAGCUGAACCAGAGCUUCGAGUGCCCCGGCUCCGUUACGCAGUACGUCGCGCAGGGUGGUGCUGAUUUGUCCAAGCACGUCGGCUAUACCAAGACCGAGUACCACAACUACGGUUGGACGUAUCCCCCUGGCGGUAACAUCUACGAGGCGUAUAGCGAGAAGAUUGAGCCCUUUGAUGCCGAGCUUACUGUCGACUCUAUCCGUGUCAAUGCCUAAGUCAGCAGACGACAAGAGACUGUCCCUAGCUCUACGAUUACGAUUAUACAUGAACUAGUUUUUGUAAUUAUUUAAUUUGACAUGCAAUUGACUAAACUUGCUCAAAUCGCACCAAGACUACCAAAUUGCGUGAUGGAUGGCACAGGGAGAUGUGGUAGGAAUUGUGACAGUGAUAUUCUGCCUGUUCGC